UGUGGACGCUCGUUAGCCCGCGAUCGGAUCGCAAUCAGCAGGUCUAGUGUGGACAGGGCUUUAGACUUAAGCGUCGCGUUUUCUGGGGUUUCAAGGCAACAUGGACUCGCGCUCUUCGUCUGGGAGUUCGAGGACAAACGAAACAUACGGGACAUCUCACUUCACUAUCUGUGUAUCAGGUACCGUAAUACCGUACUGCUGUACAGUAAUGCAGAACGUGAAGGCAACAAUCGAGAAGCUCAAAGGAAUGAUCGAGUUGCACAAAGACUUCCCCCAAAAGGGCGUCCUCUUCCGCGACAUCUUCCCCAUCCUCCGGGACCCAACAACGUACCGUGAGCUCCUCGAGUUGUUAGUCCACGAGGUCAGACACAACCAUCCGGACAUCACCGUCGAUGCCGUCGUCGGUCUGGACUCUAGAGGCUUCCUGCUGGCCCCAGCCGUCGCUCAGAGUCUCCACGCGGGCUUUGUACCGGUCAGAAAGGGAGGAAAACUACCCGGACCGACAGAGAAAGUUGAGUACAAGUUGGAGUAUGGGAGUGGUGUGUUCGAGAUACAGACGAAAGCGUUGAAGAGAGGACAGAACGUCGCGAUUGUUGAUGAUCUGCUCGCUACGGGAGGCACGAUGAACGCAGCGUGGCAACUUGCUGAGAAAUUGGGCUGCAAUGUGCUCGGAUGUUUCGUCGUUGUGGAGUUGACGGAACUAAAUGGAAGGAGUCGGGUACAAGUGCCUGUCCAUUCUUUAAUCCAAUUUUGAUGCUAUACAGCAGCAUAAUGCUGCAAAUACUUAUGGUAUUGACGUUUACAUUAGCACCGUUUCUCUUAACGCGCGCAGGCUAGAAGCCUGGGGCGGAGCCUCUAGCCUGCGCGCGUUAAGAGAGGCUAGAUAAUUAUUGAAUGGUAGUAUAUCUAUAUAUUUAACAUUUAUGUUUUAGAAA